UUCAAUAUAAUUAUUAAUACAAAAAUGACUGUAUGGGAAAGAUUGCGAAAUCCUUGUGGUUGGAGAGCUGGAGCUAAACAAAUUUCAGUUGAUGCAAUGAUACCGAUAUUUGCGGUUCCAAUAUUAGCAGUAAUAGCCGCACAAACAGUAUUAUGUACUGUAAUUAUAUUUGUCGCAACACCGAUAUUAGUAUAUUAUUUACAUCACAAUUUUUUAAGAUUUUUACUUCGUACUAAGUUUUUUCUAAUGUGGACUAUUACAAGUGUAAUCAUGUUAAUGCUGAUCUUUGAAAUUAGUGUCGUACCUUUAUUAGAGAUCUUGCUAGAAGAGAAUCUAGUGUUUAUAAUGUGUGUAGUGGGUGGUAUAUGGUGUGGCUAUAUGACUAGAUUAAAUGCAGAUUCAGCAACUCAAGAAAGUACUUUAACCCAAGGAUUAGAAUUAGGUGAAGGAAGCGGAGAACUUUGUAUUACAUGUAGAAGAAGAGCACCUCCUAAAGCGCAUCAUUGUCGAAUGUGUCAGACAUGUAUUUUGAAUAGAGAAUAUCAUUGUAAAUGGUUAGAUUGCUGCAUAGGUUCAAGCAAUUUAAAAUGGUACUUGGGAUGUUUAUUCUUCUCAGCCAUAGCUUUUAUUUAUGGUUCCAAUUUAACCAUGACUAGUGUAUGCCAUCCAUUUAUACUUAUUGGCACUGUUCUUUUGCCAGACGAUUGUAGUGAUGUAUAUUAUCAAUUAGACAUUGCCCUUUGCUUCAUUUCGGCACUCUACAGCCUACUUGUUGGAUUAGUAGUAGUUUGUUAUUUAAUAUAUCAUCUUUGGUUAAUCUACCUUGGUACAACAUCGAAUGAGCGACGCCUUCUGGAAGCUGGAAGUCCAUAUGAUCAUGGGAUAUUGAAAAAUGUAUCUCGUUUAUUUUGCUGCAAAACUUAGAUAUUAAAUGUAUAUUAAAUUAAGUUAUUUUGGAAAGUGAUACUUUUCAUUAAAUGCAAAAGAUAUUAGAAAAAUUGAAAUAAUAAGAUCAAAACAUCAGACAGGCAUAGUGGUACGUGAAAACAAAAAAUACAUAUUCAUAUUAAUUUCGAUCUUAACAUACUCCAAUACUCAGCCUUAUCUUUAUCUUAUAUUAAGUAUUAAAUAUUUUUAAACUAUUGCUCAUGAUAUUAAACUUAAUAAAAACAUAUCACGACGUAAAAGCGCUGAUCUCAAUUAUAGUUUUAAUUAUUUUUAUUUUUCUAUUACUCGCAUCAUUUGUAUAUUUAUUAUAACUGUGAUAAAAUGG